GUCACAUAAAUUAGCUUUAGCUGUCAUUGAAAAAUUAAAAAAAAAAAUUAAAUGCUCUCCAGCAAAACAUAAUUAUUUGUUAUGUUUUGCAAUAAAAAUAAUGCGAUUAUGUAUGGCUUCAGACUUUUUCUUUCCCAGCAUUGGUGGAGUGGAGGAACACAUUUUCAAUCUAUCACAAAUCCUACUCUCCCAUGGACACAAAGUUGUAGUGAUAACACAUUCCUAUGGUGACCGAACUGGCGUCCGCUACAUGACGAAUGGAUUAAAAGUCUACUAUUUACCAAUAACCGUCUUCUACAAUCAAUGCAUUCUUCCAACUAUGGUCUGCAAUAUUCCUCUAUUGCGGUGUAUUUUAUUACGUGAAAAAAUUGACAUCGUUCAUGGUCAUUCGGCAUUUAGCGCUUUAGCUCAUGAAGCUAUGUUAAUAGGAAAAUUAUUAGGUUUAAGAACAGUUUUUACGGAUCACAGUCUCUUUGGAUUUGCUGAUCUUUCGGCUGUAGUUACAAAUAAGUUCUUAGAGAUAAGUCUAUCAACCUGCAAUCAUUGUAUAUGUGUGUCCCAUAUAGGUAAAGAAAAUACUGUCUUGAGGGCAAGAGUUCACAAAGACAAAGUUUCUGUUAUCCCUAAUGCUGUUGAUACUGCCCAUUUCACACCUGAUCCAACAAAAAGACCUCAAAAUGGAACCAUAAACAUUGUGGUUGCUUCUCGCCUUGUUUAUCGAAAAGGCAUCGACCUGCUGGCAGCUUUAAUUCCUCGUUUUAAACGUAUGGCAAAUAUAAAUUUUAUAAUCGCUGGAGAAGGUCCAAAACGUGACACACUCGAGGAAGUUCGUGAAAAGACAAAUAUGCAAGAACGAGUAGAAAUUAUUGGAUCUGUUGAACAUUCCAAAGUUCGUGAUAUUCUUGUACGUGGUCAUAUAUUUUUGAAUACCUCUCUAACCGAAGCUUAUUGUAUGGCAAUUGUUGAAGCAGCGUCGUGUGGAUUACAAGUAGUAUCUACUUGUGUUGGCGGCAUUCCAGAAGUUCUUCCUUCGAACUUAAUAAUACUCACUGAUCCAGAAGUCGAUUCCAUCUAUGAAGGAAUUAUCAAAGCUAUAACGCGAUUAAAUUUAAGUGAAAACCAAAAUUAUGGCAAUUUAUUAACCACAGAUGGAAAAAAUUCACUAACUAAUGGAUCGGUGGGCAAGAAGGUGGGAAAAAUUUUCAAGAAACUAAAAGCAAAAGCCUCGCAAUCUAAACCUACUGCCAGUAAAAUUAGUGAAGACGCCGUACUAGAUCCGUUUAAAUGCAACGAAAUUGUAGCUAGUUUAUACAAUUGGGAAAAUGUGACUCAGCGUACUGAAAAAGUAUACCAAAGAAUUUUAAGUGAGCCUGAACCGACGUUGGGUGAAAAACUAGUGGGUGUUCUGCAUAGUGGUGUUUGGCCAUAUUUGAUUGUAGUUUCUUUGUGUCAUUUAUUAUUAAUGUUUAUGGAAUAUUUUCGACCAAGAAAGCUUAUCGAAGUAGCUAGAGAAUUUCCUAGAAAAUCAUCAAAAUAAUCGCAUUUAAACAAACAAAAAAAAAUACCUAGAAAAUUAAUUUUAUUUCCAAACUUGUUUAUUAAUACGAAACGACAGUAUUAAAGAAAAAUAGUGCACUAA